CUUUCUCUCUUGCCGGUCCAAGUAUUAGGCAAUCCAAACCACGUGACCUCUGGUUGGCACACAAACUAACAAAGAGGUUAUGUUUGUAUCUAUUUUUCAAUGAUUUUUCAUUGUUUAUCGUCGUAUUUUGUCUAUUUUGGAUGCAUUUGGAUUUCGUUUCCUGUUUUUGUCAACUUUAUAAACUUUACCACAAUGCAAACUGAUUAUUUAAGGAAAUUAUUAUUGGAAACUCCAGAUGUUGCGAGAAAGGUAGAAGAUAUUUAUUGAAGCUGAAAAUAAUUGGGGAUUUAGAUCCAUACGCAAUUCAGUCAGAAUUGGAUUUUACAGUAAAGUGCAGACCAUCAAGUUACUAUUAUAGAUAUUUAUACAUAUCUGGUGGAAUCUCGGAGUUGCUACUCUAAGCAGCAGAUGAAAGCAUACAAAAGCCUUCAGGCACAUAAAUAUUUUACAGCUGGAUUUGUUUUGAAUGGAGUAAAAAUUGUUAAUGAUUUCCUGAUUUCCAUAUUAUUGUUGGAAAGGUGAAGCAUUUCCAAAAAUCUAAUGCUAAACGACUAAAUGCUUGGGUAGGGUGAUAGCCAGUUCUGAUGACAUAGCAAAUGCAGAUUGUAUGUGUAUGGCUGGUAAUAGUGAAGUCUGCAGCAAUCCUAUUUUUAGCUGAGUAUGCCCAGGGCAAGACAGACGAAGAAGAACCCAAUGCAUGUAUAUGACCUCAUGACCACAUUGUAAUGUACGCAGAUGACUCAUCUGUGAUUGUAUCAGCACAUACAUACGUAGAGCUUCAAAAUAGAGUGUCAAGGGUUAUCAGAUUAUUCCAAACAUGGUGUACACAAAACUUGCUACAACUGAAUAUUGAUAAAACAUCGUAUAUACAUUUUAGAUGCAAACGAAAUAUGCCAGUUGUGUCUAUUCCUGAAAUUGUAAAUAUUCCAAACAUAAAAUUUUUAGGUGUAUUCUUGGACCAGUUUAUGAGUUGGGAUGUUCACGUUGAAUAUGUUAAUAAGAAACUAAAUUGUUCAUUCUAUGCUUUAGUACAGUUGAAGAGAACACUCAGUAUUAAAACUCUCAUUAAUGUAUAUUAUUCUUUGGUUUAUUGUCACCUUACUUAUAAUGUUACGUUAUGGGGUAAUUCCACAAAAUCAGACACAGUGUUUAUUAAACAGAAGAGAAUUAUUAGACUUAUCUUCAAUAUUCCUUUUGGGCAUACUUGUAAGCAAGUUUUCAUUAAUAACAAUAUCUUACCGUUGCCUUCCAUAUAUAUCUUGAAAUCCAUAUUGUAUAUUAAGCAUAAUUUACAUUCAUUCAAGAGAAAUUCUGAUUUGCAUGCAUACUCAACUAGGAAUGCCAAUCAGUUUGUUACUGUUGGUCACAAACUAUCCAAAUUUGAGAAGUCCACAGAUUAUGUGGGGGUCAGGCUAUAUAAUCAUCUUCCAAAUGAAGUUAGAUCUUUGCAUCCGGUGAAAUUCAAAAGAGUUGUGAAAAGUAUACUAUGUAAACAUGCAUUCUACAGUGUAGAAGAAUACUUAGCAACUAGAUUGCUGUUAUGAGUUCUGUCUAAUAUUAAUAAUUUUCAUAUUUAUCAAUGUACAUUAUGUUAAAUCUAAAAUUUAAGUGUAUGUAUAGGUAUUUGAUUAUGUGUCUGUGACUAUAUUGUGUUGUAUAUCUGACGUGUAUAUCCAUCUUUAUGAUGGCAGCUGUAAAGCUAUACCAAUAAAGUAUUCUAUUCUAUUCUAUUCUGUACAUAUGUUACAGCUACAUGGUUUGGAGAUAGCAACAUACGCAUUCUCUGAUGAAAAACUAAUGAGUUUUGAAACUGUUCGGUCAGAGUGCUUCUUGUGCUCACUAAACGAACUGAAAUAUAAGAUGGCUUUGGCAUUGUGUUGCAGCGAUAUGAAAAUGUUUAUUCAUUUUUAAUUAUAAUGUACUUCUUCAUCAUGAGUAAUUAUGUAUUGGUCUUUUAAAUGUGUAUUUAUUUUUGUAAUUAGUAUCAACUUGUAAUGAUAAUAUACAUUUAUCGUUUAAGGUAUGACUAUGUUUUGACUCUAAAAUAAAUGAUUUAAAAAUCGAA